AUUUUAACGUGGAUCCGAGGUUCUUUUAUUAAACUACACGAAGUUGCAAACCUAAAACCCUAGAUAGUGUUCCACCACCCACCUAUCCACCGUCUCUGCCUCUCUGCAAUUGAAGCCGAAAAUGCCUUUCAAGAGGUACGUUGAGAUCGGGAGGGUUGCUCUCGUCAACUACGGCAAGGAAUAUGGGAGGCUCGUCGUCAUCGUCGACGUCAUUGACCAGAACAGAGCACUUGUCGAUGCCCCUGAUAUGGUGAGAACUCAAGUCAAUUUCAAGAGGCUUUCCCUAACCGAUAUUAAGAUUGACAUUAAGAGGGUCCCCAAGAAGAAAGAUCUUGUUAAAGCCAUGGAGGCUGCUGAUGUUAAGAACAAAUGGGAAAACAGCUCAUGGGGCAGGAAACUCAUUGUCAAAAAGAGAAGGGCAGCCCUCACUGACUUCGACAGGUUCAAGCUAAUGUUGGCCAAGAUCAAGAGGGCAGCUGUUGUAAGGCAAGAAAUCUCUAAGCUGAAAAAGAGCGCGUAGGCAUUACUUCACGAUAUAAUGUUCAAAUUUUGUUAUGAAUUUUAGAUUUGGUAUGAGAUUUUAUGUAAUCACUGAGACACUCGGUGAAAAGUUUUAUCUUCAGAUAUUUAUGUUAGGAUUUAUGAUAUAACUUGAAAUCUUGUUGGUUUUAUAAUAUUUAUGAUUGACAAUUGUUUUA